AUGGUCAUCAUUGAGAAACAUUCAAAUGUGAUAAAAACUCUUAGAGAUGAAGUUUUGACCAGAAUUCAUUAUCAAUCAGAUUGUUUACCGUCCUUGAAAAGCAGAUCAUUGAAAGAAGAAAAUGCUACUGUCUUCAUCACAAGCACUAUUGAGAGAGAAGAGGAACUACUGAAACAGAUAAUCAACCUAUUUCAUGCAGAAGUGGCAACCAUUCAAAAAGAUUUACAAAUCAAAUUGGUAAACACAUGUGAUAGGUUGGAAGUAGCGAGCAAAACAUAUGCAGAACUAAAUGAUGACUUUCAUAUUAAACUUUCGAAACAAAGGAAAGCCAUGAUGACAAUGUGGAAAGCGAACUAUGUCAAGAAAUUUCAACAAAAUCGUAUGAAUUUUUUGAAGAAUUUGGUUAUCCAAGUUCAUUUCCAAAUAAAUGAUCGUAUGAUGGACAAAGAGAAUGAAUUCAAUUGUUUGCUGGCCGAGAAGAAGCUGUUAAAUGAUAAAGUCAUAAAGCUUGAAAAAAAGCGGAUACAAAUUAUGAAAAAACAAAAAGAACUGCAGUCAAAAAUAUUUUUUGAAGAACAUAAGGAAUGCCUUUAG